AUGCCGGCACCGAUAUCUAUGACCUCUCUCCGCAAUAUCCCACUUUCCUACGCUAGCUGCUCAAUCGGCUGCAAACCAUCCCACACACUCGCACAAAAGCUCGCUGCCAUCUCCUCCGCUGGAUAUGUGGCAAUCGAGCUAUCGUUUCCCGACAUCAAGCAAUAUGCCGAACAAAAGCUAAAUAAGCCCGUUCAGUCCGACAACUUUCCGGAGCUGACCGCGGCCGCUGAAGAUAUUGGGCGGUUAUGCAAACAAAUGAGCCUUGACAUUAUGAUGCUACAGCCAUUUGCGAAUUUUGAAGGAUGGCCCAAGGGGUCUGUGGAGAGAGAGAAUGCGUUUACGAGAGCGAGGGCGUGGAUGCAGAUGAUGGAGGCUUGUGGGACGGAUUUGCUACAGGUCGGGUCAACAGACGUCAUUGAAGACAGAAUCUCAACUAACCGCGAUGAUAUUGUGAGAGACCUUCGCGACUUGGCAGACAUGUUAGCCGCGCACAAUUUUCGAAUUGCGUACGAAAAUUGGUGCUGGUCAACACAUGCGCCGACGUGGAGAGCUGUGUGGGACAUUGUAAACGCGGUAGACCGACCUAAUAUUGGAUUAUGCCUCGACACGUUUCAAACUGCUGGAAGCGAGUGGGCAGAUCCUCGGUCAUCAGAUGGAUUCCUUCAAGGUGUUUCGAAAGCCGAGUUGGAAACGCAGUGGAAAGAAAGCAUGGACGCGCUAUCCAAGACAAUACCCGGAACGAAGAUCUAUCUACUACAAAUUUCUGAUGCGUACAAGCCCCCAACACCAUUUGAAGAUAAAGUCAAGGGUGGCUUGCGUCCUCGAGGUCAAUGGAGUCACGAUUUCCGGCCCAUGCCAUACGAUGGAGGAUAUCUGCCCAUUGAAGACGUGACUAGAGCCGUUUUAAAAACUGGGUUUCGGGGUUAUUUCUCAAUGGAGAUCUUUGACAAUGGACCGGAUGGCAAAGGCAAGGAUUAUGAACUCGGCGAGUUUGCGAAAAAGACAAUGGAGAGUAUGCAGAGGUUGCUCAAAAAUGUUGCUGAGACUAGUUAA